CUCCUGAGAUCCUGACCUGCAGACGUCUAUAGUCUAGAAACACAACCUUGUCCAUGCCUCUUACCUCUUGUAAGUAAAAUGCCACAGAACACUUAGCUCCUUGAGUGCACUUAACAUCUACACGUGUGAAAAAAGAGUUAGGAGUGCUGAGCAGAACGUGUCUUUAAAGCUUCAAUCCCUUCGAAUGCAAAUAUUUGACCCUCCAGGAGUUUAAAUUCUGUCUCUGCUUGCAGGCAACAUGAAGGACCGGCUAGCAGAACUUCUGGAGUUAUCCAGGAACUAUGACCAGCAGUUCCCAGACGCGGACGAUGACUUUGACUCGCCCCACGAGGACAUCGUGUUCGAGACGGAUCACAUCUUGCAGUCCCUGUACCAGGACAUCCAGGACAUUCAGGUUGAAAACCAGCUUCUGAUGGCCGACGUGAAGCGGCUGGGGAAGCAGAACGCCCGCUUCCUCACGUCCAUGCGGCGCCUCAGCAGCAUCAAGCGCGACACCAACUCCAUCGCCAAGGCCAUCAAGACGCGGGGCGAGGGCAUCCACCGCAAGCUGCAAGCCAUGAAGGAGCUGAGCGAGACGGCCGAGGCCCGGCACGGCGCGCACUCGGCGGUGGCGCGCAUCGCGCAGGCGCAGUACCGCGCGCUCACGCGCACCUUCCAGCGCGCCAUGCACGAGUACAACCAGGCCGAGAUGAAGCAGCGCGACAACUGCAAGAUCCGCAUCCAGCGCCAGCUGGAGAUCAUGGGCAAGGACGUCUCGGGCGACCAGAUCGAGGACAUGUUCGAGCAGGGCAAGUGGGACGUGUUCUCCGAAAACCUGCUGGCCGACGUGAAGGGCGCGCGCGCGGCGCUCAGCGAGAUCGAGAGCCGCCACCGCGAGCUGCUGCGACUGGAGAGUCGCAUCCGCGACGUGCACGAGCUCUUCCUGCAGAUGGCGGUGCUGGUGGAGCAGCAGGCCGACACGCUGGACGUCAUCGAGCUCAACGUGCAGAAGACCCUCGACUACACCGGCCAGGCCAAGGCGCAGGUGCGCAAGGCCGUGCAGUACAAGAAGAAGAACCCCUGCCGCGCCAUCUGCUGCUUCUGCUGCCCGUGCCUCAACUAGCAGCGAGCACGCCACCCCCGCCCUACCCUGUCACUGUCCCCGUCCCCGUCCACGAGGAGCCACGCCCAAGGCCAGGCUGUCUGCGCUGGGCUGAGAGCCCCUAGAUCCUUGAACUCGGUCCUCAGAGAAACGAGAAAUGUGGGGUUCAUGAAUUGGAACCCAGCCCUUCUUGAAAGAGUGACUGAUACCAUCCAGUGGUUCUUCAGUGUGGACAGUUUCCUACUGAAGUUGUGUGAUGUCAGUAGAUGACACAUUGUCCUCUUACCCUCCCGACAGAGUCAAACAAGGCACUGACCGUGUAUCUGACCUUGUAGGCUCAAUGUCCAAGGCACUCUCCUAAUGAAGGAAGUCAGUGCUGUAUUCGCUAAUGCUGUGUAUGAACUCAUCAAAGCUUACCUUCGUGCACCCUAUCCUGAAAGUUUCUUGGCUCUGUUCAAUUUCGAGAGACCUUGACUUUGGGCAAAACUGGACUUCCUUCAUUUCUAAUUCUUCAUCUGAGUUAUGGUGUGUGAUUCCUGCCUCGCGGCGGACUUUUCCUGUGCUUGUUAAUCACACCGAACACCUGCUGCUUCCCUGUCUUUCACUUUUACCAUAUCUUCCGCCUGCAUACAUUUUGGGAUAAUUUUUCCAAAUGUUUUAAGCACUGAAUAUUGAACAAGCACUCAAAUUGAAAUCUGUAUUAGUCACACAUCAUGUAUUUUUCACAGAUAACAUUUAUUUAAAUUUUUACCAUUUUUUACUUGAUUCCAUGUGCAACUAUAUAUGUAAAUGUAAAAUACUAAUUUUCACUAACGUGUACAUAAUGACCAACAGGGUUUUUGUAAGUAUAGCACAUA